AUGUCAUGGGGACACCAUCCAGAAAGUGUUCAGGUCCAGGGCAAGAGAGAAGUGGCUGACCCGAAGGUGUCCACGGGCAUCGCCAUGAAAGAUCAACGCCCUCGAGUGGAGCGGGCUUGUCGUCUCAACCAGGCUCGGCAGCUGUCCAUAAAUGGCACUCCAUGGGAGAAAACUACCGCAGAUAAUGGGAGCGGAAAACCCAAGCUGGCAAAAAUAUGCUUGCAUGGAGUCGGUUUCCGGGGUGGAGUUUGGUUCUUUGGGUUACUCGUUAAGUUUUUAAUCCAAGAUAAAAACAAGCUCACUGCCGCGGCCUCCAAGCUUCUUGCCAACAUGGUGUAUCAGUACAAGGGCAUGGGGCUGUCCAUGGGCACCAUGAUCUGUGGCUGGGACAAGAGAGGCCCCGGCCUCUACUAUGUAGACAGUGAGGGGAACCGGAUCUCUGGAACUGCCUUCUCAGUGGGUUCUGGCUCCGUGUAUGCUUAUGGGGUCAUGGAUCGAGGCUACUCCUAUGACCUACAAGUGGAGGAUGCUUAUGAUCUGGCCCGCCGAGCCAUCUACCAAGCCACCUACAGAGAUGCCUACUCUGGAGGUUCAGUCAACCUCUACCACGUGCGGGAGGAUGGCUGGAUCCAUGUGUCCAGUGACAAUGUCGCUGACUUACACGACAAGUAUAAUGAGGCUGUCCUCUGAAGGAAAGCGGAUGUGGUUGUCUGCACCUGUUU